AUGAUCCCGAUCCCGGUGGUGGUGUGCGUGCUGGGGGGCUGGUGCGCCAUCUACCUGGCGGAUACGUUGCUCAAGUCAUCCAACUCUCUGAAGGCAUCUUAUGAAGACUGGCUGCUGACAUACGGCUUGAGCGUCUCUCCUUUUCACAUGCGAUGGCAAACGGCUCUCUUCAACCGCCAGUUCUACAACUGGGGGAGAUGGAAACCCAGAUUUCUGUAUUUGUGGUUCAGCGUAGGAAUGGUGUUUGGUAUAGUUGCCAUGUUUGGCUCUGUUAUUCUUCUCGGAAAGACACUGAUGCAAACACUGACACAGAUGCUCACUGAGGCACCGAAAGCCCAGAAUGAUCGUAUGCUGCAAGUUGUGGUGCCUGGUGUAAAUUUGCCUGUCAGCCAGCUGACCUAUUUCUUCUCUGCAAUCCUCAUCAGUGGUGUGAUACAUGAAGUCGGCCAUGGGGUGGCAGCUAUUCGAGAACAAGUACGAUUUAAUGGAUUUGGGAUUUUUAUCUUCAUUGUCUAUCCUGGAGCAUUUGUUGACCUCUUCACAACCCAUUUGCAACUGAUAUCUCCAGUCCAGCAAUUAAGGAUAUUUUGUGCAGGAGUGUGGCAUAAUUUUGUUCUUGGUGUUGCAAGUUUCAUGGGUUUGUUUAUGCUGCCAGCCAUUCUUUUCCCUUUCUAUUACACGGGUGUUGGGGCACUUGUCACUGAGGUCGCAGAGGAUUCUCCUGCCAAUGGACCAAGAGGUCUUUUUGUGGGAGACCUUGUCACUAACCUACAAGACUGCCCAGUUUAUAGUGUGGAAGACUGGAACUCCUGUCUGGGAGACAUUACAGAGAAGUCACAGGUCGGCUACUGUAUAAGUGCAGCCACCCUACAGCAAUUAAGCUUUCCAGCUAGAGUCUAUAGAAGACUCGAUGGCACAGUUGAAUGUUGUAGUAACAACAGCCUCACAGACAUUUGCUUUUCAUAUAGCAAUAACUUGGACAGCCACCUGUAUGCCUGUCUGCCAGCACGAAAAGUUAUUGAGGCCAGCAAAGUUUGUCGAACCAACAUGGACUGCCAGAAGGACUUUGUUCCAAGCUUUUGUGUGACUCCUUCUUUAGAGAACCAAACAAGGCUAAUCAGGGUAAAACAUCCACCCCAUAUUGACAUGCUGUAUGUAGGACACCCCAUGCAUCUUCAGUACACAGUAAGUCUCAGCAGUUUUGUACCACGACAAAACUUUCUAAGCAUCGAUCUGCCUGUGGUGAUAGAGACAUUUUGCAAGUACCUAAUUUCACUGUCAGGAGCACUGGCAGUUAUCAAUGCUGUACCUUGCUUCGCUUUGGAUGGUCAGUGGAUAUUAAAUUCAUUCCUGGAAGCCACUCUGAGCUCCCUGAUUGUGGAAAAACAAAACAGAGAGCUUGUGGGCUUUUUAAUUUUGCUUGCUGGUAGUGCACUUUUGGCUGCCAAUGUUGCACUGGGACUUUGGAUGGUGACAGCACGAUAGAACAUUGGAUAUGCUUCCAUCAGCUCUCAAAGUACACAGAAAUAAUGAAUCCAUUGCCUUUUAAAACUUGUUCAGUACUGAGAUUGAAAUAAUUCCCUUAAAAUUACACUGAAAGAACAAUCACUGGUGGCUGCUCUUUUAAUUUAAAACUGUACAACGUUGUGCCUGUGGUCAUGGAAGAUCUGAUAGAAAGAAGUAGGAACCUUUUUAUGUACUCUUUAAGCACUGUACUAAUUUUGGAGAAAUUGCAUUGUAAAGUUUCACAGGAAAAAGCCUAAGACUUCAUUAAUUUAGAUCUCAAAAUAAGGGAAUUAUUUGGCCUCAAACAUUUGUAAAGUGGGAGAAAAAAACACUUAGAUUUUAUUUUAUAAUUUGAAUAAUUGUCAGAAAAUCUGUGUGGGCUCUGAUCAU